AGGAGAAAGAGGGGGUGUAGAGGAGGAGGAGGUCAGAGUCUGAGGAGCGAAGCUUUUAAAGGGUGAGAACUGAACAGUAGUGAGCAAAGCAUGAGCGCACACAGAGCGGGAAGCACGGAACGUGACUAAAGACCUCAAAUACUCUUCAAAACAUCAAACAGAGAUGAUGUCACUUCAAAGAAACCUGGCCGUCCUUCUGCUUUUGUUGAAUGCCUCAUUUUUCCUCCACUCCUACGUCCUAAUUCACGCUGCGUCCACUUCCCCUCCUGUCACCCUUCCGCGGAUAAUAUUCCUUACUGCCUUGAGCUCAGACGAUGACUACUAUGACGAUGACACUGAAACCAAAAGCUCUUCUCCUGACGUGGUGGUCGCCGUGAAAACCCCUGUUCUCCACCAGGGGUCCCAGCCCUGCCAGUAUGACCCCUGCCUCGAAAAUCAGGAGCCAUGCGCCCACCUUCGGGAGGAGACAGGCUGCCUCUGUCCUGGUAUCAGUGGAGCUGACAAGCCUCCUCACGCACCACGCAUCCAAACACUGCUGCCAAUAAGCGAAGGGGGUGACAGAGGAAAGGUGGAGGUCAAGUGGUGCGCUCCGUCUUCAGUGGUUUCUACCUACAGGGUGGUGGUUCAGGGGCAGGAUGGUGACGUCCUUGAAGUUGGCGAUGGUCUGCGGCGAAGUGUGGUGGGCUCUUUGGAAAAAGGCACCAAGGUGUGUGUGGAGGCGCUGAACCAAGCUGGACGCAGCAGCCCCUCAGACUUCUCCUGUCAACGCUAUGACCCUCCCACAUCCUCGGACCAUCACCUGUUGGCCUUGAUCAUAGGUGGGGGGCUCCUCCUCUUAGUAAUCAUUUUAGUAAGUGUGAUUCUGUGGAAGUACAAAACAUGUCGGAAAGGAAAGGGCAACUCCGCCAAUGGACUGCACCCUUCUUACAGAGCGGGGGAAACACUGUGAUCCAGCAAACUGCAUCACAGUCACAACCCACUCAAGUUUGAUCAUGGACAGCAAUAGCUGUGAUGUUGUGAUUAAUGAUUGAGUCCUGUUUACAACCCAUUAUUGGGAGAAAGAGUGAUUUUUGUGUAUGUAAAUUAGACACUUUUCUUGAAUUAACACUAAAACAUAGUCAAUAUUUUCGAAUUAUUUGUGAAUUAAAACUACUGGUUUAUUUGCUGGCAAAUUAAACAUUGUAGAUUUACUAUUUUUUUAAUUAAUCAUGAUUGUAAAUACAUUUUUAGGAUAUACCCACUGUCUUUUAUAACUCCUAGAAAACUAAAACAUAUUUUUGAAUAAAAAACAUUUUGUGAUGGUUGAAUUUUCUUUUCAUUCAAAAGCACUUUUGCACUUGACAAACAUACAGCAGAGUGAAACAUUAGAAGUCCUGACUCUGUUUCUUGGCCCCUGAACUGGAUGAAAUAGGUCCACCACAAAUGAUCAGUUUAUACAAUUAGGUGAUUUAUCAUUAACUUACUUUUAAAAAAUAUUGUUCAAACAUAGCUUGUUGUAGGUACCUUUCUACUAUUUUACUAGAGGCGUACAGACUAUAAACAUACUUUUAUUUAUUUACAACUGGUUGCAACAACAAAUCCCAAGUGAACAAGCACUACUGUAUAAGCCACAAUGAACAAGAAAAAAAUCCUUGGGGUUGGGUGAGUGUUGCAGUUAAGCACUCAGGCAUGACAACAGGUCCAAUCCAUUGGCCUCUGUAAAUAAUACAUACCUUAUAACAGAAGAUGCCAUGUAUUGUAUUUCCUCAUUUGCGCAUUAACUUCAAAAUAAUAAAAUAAACCAACUAUC